CAUCAAAUUCACCCGUAGUCCGGAAGAAGAGGCUUCUAGAUCGAGUCUGAGACAAGAGAGAGAAAGAGAAAUUGACUCAAAGAAGAACCCUAGAAAAUGGCGAUGUCGUCGUUCUCGCGGUGGCUCGUAGAUCCAAAGAGGAACCCUCUCGCCGCUAUCCAUAAGAAAACCCUCGAUUCUCGCCUCCGCAAAUACGGUCUGAGAUACGAUGACUUGUACGAUCCGUAUUACGAUCUGGACAUCAAGGAAGCUCUGAAUCGGCUGCCUAGGGAGAUUGUCGAUGCCCGGAACCAGCGUCUCAAGCGCGCCAUGGACCUCUCAAUGAAGCAUUUGUACCUCCCAGAGGACCUUCAGGCAAUGCAGACGCCAUUUAGAAACUAUCUUCAGGAUAUGUUGGCCAUUGUGAAGAAAGAGAGAGCAGAACGUGAGGCUUUGGGGGCCCUACCUCUCUAUCAGCGCACAAUUCCUUAAUGCAAUUUUCCUUGUUGUCUUGCUGCCAAUGAAGGCAAGCGUAUAUUCUAUGUAUGGGUAUGGAAGAAUAAGCACAAGCACGGUAUCUAUACAAGAUCUCCAUUUCAAGAAUGUAUUAUGUCAGAAAUUUGUUACUGAUGCCAAACAUCUAUUAGCUCGGUCAUCUUUGAUGGUUUCUCUACCGUACUUUAAAAUGUUCAAUACAGACUACAGAGGCAUUGGAUUUUCCUUUAUUGCUAGUUUUCCUUGAUCCCGUCAGUUAUUGAGCUUGAUUCUUUUUUGACAAUGAUGACAUGAAAUAAAAACUUACGCAUUCUGUGUUCA